GUAUAAAUGGCAAAGGAACAGCCAAAAGAACUGUAGUUCAAGUUCAGCAUCGACAAAUAGACGGUCUGGAAGAUUAUUAGAAGAAUUAUAAAGAUGAUCGAAAAAUUAUUCCUAUUUUUUCUGGUGUCACUCGUAACAUCUUCAGAAAUCGGAGACAUUAGAGAAAAAAGAUCACUUCAGCCAGGAGCACCAAAUGUAAAUAUUGGAAACAAAGACCAACCAUGGCAGUUCGAUCCUAAUGUUGCUAGAGAUGAACAUGGGAAUGUGGUUACGGAUCUCAAAAUCAAAAACCACGGUGAGAAUCAAGACUUUCAUGCUGACUGGAACAAAGUUGUUAGGGGUCCAAGUAAAGCUAAGCCCACCUGGAACGUUGGGGGAACAAUCAGAUGGAGAAGGUCUCUGCAACCUGGUGCACCAAAUGUAAAUAUUGGAAACAAAGACCAACCAUGGCAGUUUGACCCCAAUGUUGCUCGAGAUGAACAUGGGAAUGUUGUUACGGAUCUGAAAAUCAAAAACCACGGUGAAAAUCACGACUUUCAUGCUGACUGGAACAAAGUUGUUAGGGGUCCAAGUAAAGCUAAGCCCACCUGGAACGUUGGAGGAACAAUCAGAUGGAGGAGGUCUCUCCAACCUGGUGCACCAAAUGUAAAUAUUGGAAACAAAGAUCAACCAUGGCAGUUUGACCCCAAUGUUGCUCGAGAUGAACAUGGGAAUGUUGUUACGGAUCUGAAAAUCAAAAACCAUGGUGAAAAUCACGACUUUCACGGUGACUGGAACAAAGUUGUUAGGGGUCCUAGUAAAGCUAAGCCCACGUGGAACGUUGGAGGAACAAUCAGAUGGAGGAGGUCUCUGCAACCUGAGGCACCAAAUGUAAAUAUUGGAGAUAAAGACCAACCCUGGCAGUUUGAUCCCAAUGUUGCUCGAGAUGAACAUGGGAAUGUUGUUAAGGAUCUGAAAAUCAAAAACCACGGUGAAAAUCAAGACCUUCACGGUGACUGGAACAGAGUCGUUAGGUUAGGUUAGGUUAAGUUAGGUUAGGUUAGGGGUCCAAGUAGAGCUAAACCCACCUGGAACAUUGGAGGAACAUUCAGAUGAAGUAGGUCUCUGCAACCUGAUGCACCAAAUGUAAAUAUUGGAAAUAAAGACUAAUCAUGGCAUUUUGAUCCUAAUGUUGCUCGAAAUGAACAUGGAAAUGUCGUCACCGAUUUGAAAAUCAAGAACCAUGGAGAAAAUCACAACUUCCAUGCUGACUGGAACAAGGUUGUUAGAGGUCCAAGUAAAGCUAAACCUACCUGGAAUGUUGGAGGCAGCUAAAGGUGGUGAUUGGUUCAGUUCAUUCAUUUAUUCUCAAUAAGUUGUCAAUCUGUGAUAGUCCCAUAUGUAUUUGCAAAUAAAUGAGUUAUUUUCAUAA